UUGGCGGGAACCCAAGGAGUGAAGUUGUGUGAUUUGUUUUAAUUUGUCUAUAUAGUGUCUUCAGGUUUAAUUGUGUAAUAACGGUGAUUUAUUAACUGUUUAGUAUCCGUGAAAGUGCACAAAUGUGGGAAAAUGAAACAAAGCGGCUGAACGUAGCUUCUCGGGAUCAUCCAACGAGUCCACUGAAAAAGUCUCAGUAAAUAACCACUAUUUUACUGAGACAUACCAUCUCAUCUCAUAUUAUUUCAUUUAAUAAUAUCAUUUUUAAUAUAAAAAAGUUUUCAUUCGAAUUAAAAUAAGACUUGACCUAAAGGUCUUAGUUACCAGGUAAUAAAAUCCCUUAAAAAUUUAAUAUAAAUGUAUGUAAAAAUUAGAUAGGUCUAUGUAUGUAUGUACCGUUUAAACUUAAAAACCCUAUUUAAUUCAAUGUAGAAAUUCAAAAUUUGUUUCGAAUAUUGUAAAUAUGUCGAAAGUACUAAUGAUUAGGCAUUUGCCAACUGGCCUUUCAUUAGGUGACAAGGAACAACUUUUGAAACAUUUCGGGGCUGAAUCUGUAUGGGAGAGCUCCAAGAAAAGUAAUUAUGUUUUCGCAUCUUUUGGAACGAUGGAGCGUGCCAAACACUCUCUACUGCGGCUACAUCAACUCGAAUUAGCUGGAAGAAGAUUAGUUGUCGAAUAUUCUACUGAAAAGGUGCCUGUCACAACAGUAAACAAACAAAAACUUGAUUCUGCUGCUACCCUCAUGAUUAAGCGAUUCCUGUGUAGUCUUAACGCUUGGAAUCCAUCCGUAGACUUUUAUCAGCCCCCUUCACCUCACUUGAAAUAUCAAUAUCCGGACAUUAAUCCAGAGGUAAUUAUUAACAUUGUCCAUAUGCUUCUCAAACAUAAGCCUUUUUACAUUCAAGUAUUGCAUCUCAUGAACAAAAUGAGCCUUGAUACGCCAUUUAAUUCAAAUAUUAUAGCAAUAAACACUUUCAAAGAAAUUUUCCGAGAAUAUCUUUUUGAUAUGGCAAAUUCAUAUAAAAAUGACUCUGAAUCAGAACUGUCUAGUGAUGAAAUAAUGGCUACAGAUCAACAUCCCGUGAUCCCUGUUAUGGUGAGAAGAAAACACAAAUUGCCUAAACCUUCAAGAAAAAUUCCAGCUACUUUGCCACCAGAAGCAAAAAUGAAAAGAAUUCCUAUAAAUCAAGAAGAAGUAUUUGAUAUUACAGCUGUACAGGAGCCUAAGAAAAUAUGUGUUAUGGUGUCUCAAGACAGUUUACAGAAACCAGUAGAAGAACCUGAAGUCAUCGGUGAAAUUGGAAAAUAUGACAAAGAAGAAAAGCCUCAAAACAUUGAAGAGAGUAUUUCUGAACCUGAACAACCUAUAAUAACCAGAAAAGAAUUGUUAAAGAAUCGUCUAUCUCAUUAUGACAUGAAGAUUCUGCCAGUAUUUAAAAAUUACCACCCGGGUCAACCAUCGUUGAGGCUGUACAUUAAAAAUUUAGCCAAAAAUGUGACCAGUGAAGAUGUGGAGAGGAUUUAUCGGCUAUAUGUUGUAGAUCUCACUGAGGAAGAACGCCAAGGCUUUGAUGUGAGAGUCAUGCAAGAGGGAAGGAUGAAAGGUCAAGCAUUUGUCACGUUUCCAUCGGAGAGGAUUGCACAAAAAGCACUCACAGAAACAAAUGGUUUCAUGUUGAAAGACAGACCUAUGAUUGUACAGUUUGCUAGAGCAGCCAAUAAACGAACUAUAGAAUAAAUUUGGUACGAAUAUUUAAAUUUAGUCUAACAAUACACCAAGUGUACUAUAUACAGGAUUUCUUGGAAAGUAUAUUAACAAAAAUGUAUCUAAUAUCUGUGCCAUUUUUUUUUUCAUUGGUUAGCGUACUUACCUAUUGUACUUUGUGGUUUGGAUAUUCUUGUUCCUGUCUUUCAUAAAUGACCUAUUCACUGCACAAAUUAAUUGAAAAGUGGAGAAAUUAGAUGAAAUAAUGUUAAUAUUUUUUAUUUAUAUUAUAUAUUUAAAUUAACCGUGUAGAAUGAAUAAGUAUAUCUAAUAGGUAUAUUAUAUAUGUAUAUAUAAUAUUAACUAUAAAUAAUGAAUGAUAUUGGCCAAUAAUAAUAUCUUCCAUAAUGUCUUCAAAAAUCUAUGCAAACUGUUGUUUCAUUCAUUCAUUGUAUGAAAUUAGUAUGAUGUUGAUGGUAUUGAAUAUAAAUUUUAGUUUGGAAAUCAUAUGUAAACCCUAGACUAUUUUUCAUAAAAUUGUAUACUAGUAAAAAAAUAGAUAGCAUACAAUCUACAUAGUAUGUGAAUAGAAAAAAACACUAUUAAGCAAUUAUAAUAUAUUGACGCUUGAUGAUAUUAAACAUGAGGGUACAUAAUAAAUCAACUCAGUUCAUAUUCAUAAGGUUUUUUUUAAAUCCUAAUAUUAUCACUUGGUAAACACAAGAUUCGAGUUAAUACUGGAAUAGUAAUUCCUGUCCUGAAUCAGCAACAGUAAAAAUAGUAGAAUUAUCAGCCCUGGAUGCAGAAAAUCUGCAGACAGGAAUGAUAUAUUUAACUUUCGUAUUUUUAAUGGUAAGGACUGCCUUUCAAGUGUCAAUAUGUUAAUUAAUUUCAAGUACAAAAAUAAACAAAACCCUGGUUCAAACUCUGGCCAAAAUAGAUGCAUUGAUAUGUUAGUUAAUUUCAGGGAUAAAAAGAAAUUAAACAUUGUUUCGAGCUCUAUAUUAUAAUAGAUUCAAUUGUGUAUGACAA